UUUUAGAACAUAACAAACUGCACUAAGGAACCGUACCAAAAAAAAAAUCCCUUAAAAAAACACACCGAUGAACUGCACGCACUGUACUAUCCAAACGGUCACUUUCCCUGUGCUGCCUGCAAGAGCCAGUUCAAAAACCCUAAUUUCUCCGUUUCUUGCACAAGUUUACCCUAAAAGUACUUUUAAAAAUGCCCAUCAAACUUUGAAACUGACAAGUUUCAAAGUCAGAGCUUCAGUGGACAAUUCUGGCGAUACCAACAACUGGGUCAGCCGGUUACCCAUCGGAGCUUUAUCCGGCGAUAAGAUAUUCAAGUUGAUUUCCGGUGCCACUGCUAGUCCCAUUGGCCAAUUCAUUUCUUCACCAACCACGUUUUUACAUUCUGUGGACCCCAGAAUCAAAUUGAUAUGGCUUCUGGCUCUAGUUGUUUUACCAGCGCGAUCGCAUAUCGUGAUGCGUUUCGGAUUGGUAGUUUACAUUGCUCUUUUGUCUGUAUUGGUUCUCCCAAGGCAUGUGUGGAUGGAUCAAUUGGGAAGAGUGUCAUUGCUUUCUGGAAUCCUAUUUAUUACAUUGGGUUUAGGAUCAGAUGGUGUGCCUCCACUUGUCCAGUUAAGAACGCCACCACCUGCCAUCACAGGCUUGCCUAAUCUUCCAAUGUCUUUGAGCGGCUAUUCGUAUUUAAUCAUGAAGCUAGGGCCUUUACAGUUUACAAGGAAGGGCUUGUCAGUAGCAAGCACAGCUGCAUGCUUAACCUUCACUGUCUUCCAAAGUGCGAGCCUUUGCCUGGCAACCACAACUCCUGAACAACUAGCGUUUGCUAUGCGGUGGUUUAUGCUUCCCUUAAGAUACAUUGGUGUUCCGGUGGCUGAAAUAACUCUUACCCUCUUACUAUCAUUGAGGUUCAUCAAUCUAGUCUUUGAUGAGGUCCGAAAUGUUUCACUGGGGAUUGUAUCUCGCAGGAUAAAAUGGAAGCAAUUGACGAUUAUCGAGACGAUAGAUAUUUUCGCUUCCUAUAUACGUCGGAUCUUCAAGAAUAUUUUUAGCCACGCAGAGCAGAUAUCUCAGGCAAUGAUUGUCCGGGGUUUUAGAGGUGACAGCAACUCCCAUAAAAUCUAUUUCUUAUCAGACUCAUCGAUUGGGAUGGCAGAUUUUGUUUCUCUGCUAUGCUUGAUUGGUGUUGUAGGUGCUGCUCUCUUGUCUGACUAUUACUUGGUCUGAUUUCAUGUUCCACCAUUGCCUUGGUAACUGGGCUUGCUUAGUCGUUGAUGCCAUGGAUGUGUACAAAAUCAUCCACGAGCAAGUGGGAUUUUGAUACAUUGUAUGUAGCUGUUGUCUGAAUGAUGGUUUAGCCAGGUGAGUGAUAUUCCUCAUGCUUGCAGGCUUAAAUCUGUAGUUUUCUCAAAUAAAACUACGAUUUUCAUACAUUGGAUUCUUAGAGACAGCAUCUGGGCCUUGUGUCUCAUAUUGUGCUAUUUUGUAUAUUAUUCCAAUGGUGCUUUUUGAUGGCAAAUUUAGGAAUAAAUAAGUUGUAAGAUCUCUCUAA